AUGAUGAGACGCUUCCCCGUCGUGCCCAUUCUUGGUGUUGUGCUCCAUGAUGAGACAAGGCAGUGGAUGACACAAAUGCCGACAGGAUUUUCCGCGGAUGAGGAUGAGGAACAAAUUGAAAACGAGGACGAGGAUGAAUUUCAAGAAGCCUCCGUAACAGAACCCGGAGAUGCUGAACAACAGAGUCAUAUCGUCGCGGGCUUCAUCACACAAUACAUGGGCCGGAGCCUUGAGCUGUUCGGAGCAGUUCAACCCAGUAGGAUUGGCGAGUCGAACGAAAAACAUCUGCCUUCCAUGCCCGCACUCGGAUCCCUCAUUCCUACAGCCGACGUGCCCAUAACGAUAGAGCAGCUCCUAGACCUCGUCAAAGGAGUCCGGGAAUUAUCAAGGUGCAGGGUCACCCACGGCGAUAUCUGUUACUGGAACAUCGUGCUCGAGGAGCCCGAGCCCCAUUCCGUAUCGGCUAUUCCGAGGCUUCUGUUGAUAGAUAUGGGUGACACAGCACCAGAAUAUGAAAAUGAUGCAGUGGCUCUGGCAGGUGUGCUUCUCUGGUGUGUCACACACUCACCAAUCUUGCGUGAGAAUACUGCGUCAAGGAACAAGGUUAUCAUCGCGUCAGCAUUGUUGAAUGAGGUCGAUUUUGACACGGCUAUCGAGGUAUUGUCGCCAGCGUCUGUGUCAGAGGAUGACUACAAAGCCAACUUGGAAGGCGUCAUAUUCUCCUGA